AUGACCCCCAAAAUCUCUCCCUCCUCAUACCUCACCCCAGCAUUUGUAUCCCGCUACCACCUUGCCGAGAAACUCACUGGCGUCUUCGUGGCCCCUCUCGUCCAGCACUCUGGUAUCCUGUCUACCCCGAGUAACAAACCUAUGGCUGUCUUCGACAAUGCCUGCGGACUGGGAAUUGUAUCCAGCUAUUUGAACAGCACGCUGCCUGAGGACGUCAAGAGACAUUGGACGCUGACUUGCGGGGAUAUAACGGAGCUGAUGGUGGAGUAUACCAAGUUGCGAAUUGAGAGGGAAGGGUGGGUGAACGCUGAGGCGAAGGUCGUGGAUGCUCAAUGUACGGGGCUGCCGGCGGAUAAGUAUACGCAUGUGUUGACGGCUUUUGCUUUUAUGAUGAUACCUGAUGCGAGGGCUGCGAUGAGAGGUGAGUAUUAUUACUGGUUCCGUUGUGGUUAUUUUGGAUUGAUACCUGAAGUGAAGCUGACAUCCGGGGGUGUACUUGCGACUUCGACGUGGAGGAAUUCUUCGUGGCUCGUCAUCAUGAAAGAAGCCAUCGAAACCACGGCCUGGAACGUCAAGUUCCCCACCAUGAAAGAGUUCCUGGCCUUGCAUAACGAAGGCUGGGACGACGAGUCUUUCGUGAAAGCUCGGUUCGAAGAGGAAGGGUUCGAAGAUGUGGAAGUCACUGCUGUGCAGAGGGAGACCUCAUUGACUAUAUCCGAAUUCAUGGAGGUCGGUGGAGGAAUGAUCCCCAUUGUGACCGGUGCCUUUUGGACACCCGAGCAGCGGGAGAAGUAUGAGGCGAAGGCACCGGUGGUGAUCAGGGAGUAUCUGGAGGAGAAGUUUGGAGCUGAUGGGGUGAUUAGGAUGGAGCCGGUGGCUGUUCUUGCGGUGGGGAGAAAGCCCUAG